CCAUCCCCUCGGGCGAGUCACAUGACCCCCGUUAGGGUGAGAGAAAGAGGGGGGGGCAGAACGCCUCAAUGAAAACCACAUGGAGGGAGGAGAGAGCUGCAACCAGAGAGAGAGAGAGACGAAGAAGAAGAAGAACAAGAGAGCAGCUGUAGGAAAGGUCUAAGCCUCCAGGACCAGGACCCAGGUCACACCCAAGACCAGAUCCUGCACGCAGACCAGAGUCGGGACCACAGACCAGGAGCAGCCUAGUCCACCAUGUCUGAGUCCAUCAGAAGGAAAAGCUCCAGCAGGCAGCUCCUGCAGAACCUCAUCAGCGUGACGGCCCAGCGGAGCCAGGAGGACGCCGAGGAGGUGGAGCGGGAGCAAAGGAGGAGAGCCAGGGAGACGCAGAGGGGAGAGGGGAGCCCCUCCUGGCCGGGGCCCCCCCGACGCAACCAGCUGCCGCGCAACGAGCUGGCGCGCAACGCGGCGCUGGACGAGGAGCUGAAGCCCCGGUGCUGCCUGGUUCUGGAGGAGGACGAGGGCUUCAGCGACUGGAGCCACAGGUUGGAGAAUCGCAGUGAGCAGGAGGUGCAGCAGGACUGCAGGGCCGGCCUGCAGAGACCUUCAACACACCGGCGGAAACCACGGCCUGAAGAGGAGAAACGGCAGGAGGGUGAAGAGAAGGAGAAGGAGAAGGAGGAGGAGGAGGAGGAGGAGGGAUGUCGGUCACAGGAAGCUUCAACGAGACCUCCAGAGAAGGUGUCCAUCGACGGAAAGGAAGUCAAGAUGUCAUACAGCUCAACGGUCUUCCUGUCACAUGACGCCCGGCCGCUGCACGCCGUGGGCCAACCAGCAGACAGGACGUCCUACCUGGUGGCGGGGACCAUGAGGCCGCGCGGUGGGGCCUGCAGGGUGGAUGGGGCGCAGCAGGAGGCGCAGCAGGAGAUGCAGCAGGAGAUGCAGCAAGAGGUGCAGCAGGAGGCGCAGCAAGAGGUGCAGCAGGAGGCGCAGCAAGAGGUGCAGCAGGAGGCGCAGCAGGAUGUGCAGCAGGAGGCGCAGCAGGAUGUGCAGCAGGAGAUGCAGCAGGAGGUGCAGCAGGAGGCGCAGCAAGAGGUGCAGCAGGAGGUGCAGCAGGAGGCGCAGCAGGAGGUGCAGCAGGAGGUGCAGGCUGCUCUGCAAAGGGAGUCAGAUGAAGCUCACCCCAGAGAUGAAGAUGAUCAGGAGGAAGAAGAACUGAGCUUCACACAUGAAGAGGAGGAAGACCUCCAUCUCACAAGGGAGGAGGAGCACAGGGAGGAGGAGGAGCCCAGGAUGCCAGAUAAGAGCUCGACGGAGAGCGGCGGCCGGAGGAGGAGUCAGGAGGUGAGGCGAGGAGAAGGGGAGGAGCCGGUGAACUACGGCCCCAUGAGCCCCACAUUCAAGAAACUCCUGGUUCAGUUCUACCCGGAGGAAGUGAACCACCGAGUCUCUACGGACGCCAAGUGCUCGAUCAUCGAGAGAACCGAGUCCCUGAGGAGGAGCAGCGGUAACGUGAAGAAGACGCUGACGCCUGUUGCCGUUUCCAAGAUUGACAAGAAGCUGGAGCUGUACGCGCACGCCCUGCAGGCCUCCACGCAGGAAGGCAGGUCGGGGGGUCAGGCGCUGACGGACCUGACGAGUCCCACCGAGCCCGUCUCCUCCAAGAGGAGCCUGUUCGAGGUCGGAGAGGCCCGGAGCCCGAACGCCGUCACGCCGCCUAAGGAUGCAGAUGGUUUAAAAGUGGGCGUGGCUAAUCUCAUCAACCAAUGGGUGAAAGGAGGUGAUGACGGGAGCAGGUGCAGCUCGCCCUCCAGACCAGCGGAGAACUCGUCUGGUAAAAGAUACAAGUUUGUGGUGACGGGACACGGAAAGUACGAGAAGGUUUCUGUGGACUGGGACGACUGCUCGUCAGCUGGACAGUUCUACGAAGACUUGUGAAACACGCGCUGGACUUUGAAGACUUUUGGAUGAUGGAAACGUUGAUCCUGCACAAAGCUUCACCGCUAUCACUUCAUUCAGUGUCUGUUGUUCAAGCCACACGUUGGAAAUGUACUCAAAUCCUGUUGUAAUGACACUUCUCGUGAAACAUAUCACUUUACAAAAGGUAGUCAAGCAAAUAGUCUUUUGUUUUUCUCCCUUUUAUCUUCUCAAUAAUAAUCUGAGCAUUAGUAUUUCUUAAAAUGAAAUAACUUCAAUUAAACACAUUCUUGAUGUUCAAGUCCU